AUGGCCGAUAAAUCAACUUCUAUACUGAGCAGGGGAGCCGUGGCGGGCAUCCAUGGCGCCCCGGCCAGGUGCCAGGCAUCCCGCGGCUCCCCCUGUUGGUUAAGAGCGCCCCCAGCGGCCUCCCUCCCCUCUGGAACCCUAGCCCCCAAAAUUUCCCCUCCUCCUCUCGUGCUUCUCCUCUGUUCCUCGAGCACGAGCAGCCGUCAACGCGCCAUCGCCGCUGUCGCGGCCACCGUCGUCACCUACGCGCGGGAGGACAUCCAGGAGGUCCAGCGUGGCCGUCUUCAUCCGUCCCGAGCAUCAACUCGAGCAGAGCCGCCUCAUACGCUCGACAUCGAGCUCAUCUUCGCCGCGUGCAUCGCCGGCCGCCAUCAUCGUUUACCUCGUCUCCGGUCCACCCAGACCGUCCCCGAGCGCGCCAAUGGACUCGUGACCUCGAGACUGCUGCCGAUGCCCCCGUGAUCGACUACAUCAACGACGACCUCUCCUUGCCAGAGCAACCAGGCAAGCCCCCCCUUUGAUCAUCCCAAUAUCGCC